CCACCCACCUCUCCCGCGCCGUCUUCGUCGCAGCGCCGCGAGACAGCCAUGCCGGGCCGCCUGCUGCGGGGCCUGUGGCAGCGAUGGCGCCGUUACAAGUACCGCUUCGUUCCUUGGAUCGCGAUGAACCUAAACCACAACCCGAGUCUCUGGAGGGCGGAGCCUCAGGCUGCCCGGGAGCCCGACGUGGGCGGGCCCGCAGCGGGGCGGGGCCUGAAGUGGGCGAGGCCGAGGUUGGUAGUGUCCGAGGACCGGGGGGUUCUAACGAGGGAGGGGAGCCCUAGGAGGGUGGGACCCGAGGCCUGCACUCCCGGAGUACCGCGUACAGUAUACCAGAAGCAUGAGCCAAUCUUUUUCCAGUCUAUUGGAAAUCCAUUUAUUUUUAGAUGCCUGGAUGGGGUACUCAUUGAUGGAAAUGACAAAGGAAUAUCAAAAGUUGUAUACAGAUCCUGCAAUGGGAGGGAUCGACUUGGUCCUUUAAAAAUGAGUGACAGCACGUGGCUAACAUCAGAAAUCUGUAACCCACUUGCUGUAGGACAGUAUGUCAACAAUUGUUCGAAUGACAGAGCAGCUAAUGUCUGUUACCAGGAAUUUGAUGUGCCUGCAGUUUUCCCUAUAGAGCUAAAGCAGUAUCUUCCAAACAUUGCCUACAGCUGUGACAAACAAAGCCCACUUCGAUGUGUCAUUCUCGUAGCACUCAGGGACAUCAGCCAAGGAGAAGAGCUGUUUUCAAACUACUAUACGAUUGUCAGCUAACUAUGAAUUAGAAAUUGGGUUUUCUACUCAACUAUUUAUUCUAAAUGUUUUCUGUUAAUUGUAUCUCUGAGUUCCACCUAUAGAACAAAUAUUUUGAGGCCUAAUUAGAGUGGGAAUUUUUGUCUUUAUUGAUGAUAAUGUGUUUAGAUUAAAAGCUCUUUGCUUCAUUACAAUUUCAAAUUUGUAAUGCAAUUACAAUUUUAAAUGGUUUUCAGCUAAAUACACAGUAGCUGAUUAAAUUAAAGCCUACUGCCUGAAAUUAGAAUUUCGAUUUUUCUCUUAUUUUGUAUCUGUGUGAUGGUUUAUAAAAUUUUAAGUCAUCACUAAUUCUUGCACUGUUGAGGUGGAUAAACGUCUGUAAAAACUGUAGUUUUAUAUUAUAAACUAAAGCCAAAAAUA